AUGUCGUUGUCGUCUGAAGAGUUGAACUACUUGAUAUGGAGAUACCUCCAGGAGUCGGGGCUCGAGGUGUCUGCCUUUGCCCUUUAUGACGAGACCACAGUCGCUGAAUUUGAUGAUAAAUUUAAAGAUUCGAUACCUAUAGGUUCACUGGUGAAUUUGGUACAGAAGGGGAUACUAUACUCAGAAAGUGACCAGCUAGUGAAGCAGAAUGGUGAUAUACAGGAAGAUAAAUACUAUAGUGAUAAAUUCACUGUGUUUCAUGCAUUAAGUGCAGAUAGUGGGAUUAAUCCACCUAUUGAACCAAAAAAUAGAUUUGAAAGUAUUGAUAAAAGUGAUGUUCCAAUGAAUGGUGAAUCUCAUGAUAAUGGGGAUGUUGUUAAAAGGGAGAAUUCACCAGAUUUUAUCAAGAUUUUAAAGAAAAAAUUUACAUUUGAACCAAGUACUUCAUCUGAUUGGAACCCAACUGCUCCAACAGUAUUGGCUUUUGGAUUAAGUGAUGCUAGAGCUAAAAUAACAGUUAUUUUACCAAAUGUUGAAACAAAACAACUAAUAUUGACACAUCCACCAGUGAGUUUCAACCCUUCUGAAGAUUCAUCAUCAUCAGAUAUAACUACAUUAGCAUGGGCCCCAAUGGGUCAUUUGUUAGUAACUGCAGUGGAAUCUGGAGAGAUUAGAUUAUGGGCUGCUGAUGGUAAGCUAAGAAAUGUAUUAUACUUACACCAUUCUCCAAUAUUGGUUAUUAAAUGGAGUCCAAACGGUGCAUAUAUCUUAACUUCAGAUUCUGAUAGUGCAACUAUAGUUUGGGAUGCUGCAACUGGUAAUGUCGUUCAACAUCUAGAUAUCUUGAGAAGUAGCGAAUCUACAACUACUGGUGUUCAAACUCCAACUGGUUUGGAAAAUACAACUUUAGGUAUGGAUGCAGCAUGGAUAGAUGAUACAAAAUUUAUUAUUCCAGGUUUGAAUGGGACUACGUUAGUUUUCAACGUUGGUGAAAGAACACCAACAGGUACUUUAAUCGGUCACACAAAAGCUAUAUCAUUCAUAAGGUAUAAUCAUGAAGCUUCUUUACUAUUAACAGCAUCAGAUGAUAGAACAAUUAGAAUAUGGAAUGGUGCAUCUUUUAACAAUUCACAGAUCUUGUUGGGUCAUUCACAACCGAUAACGUUUGCAGAUUGGGUAAGCAAAGAGUUUGUGAUAAGUACUUCAUUGGAUAGUUCAAUUAGGUUAUGGGAUGUUAGAUAUGGGAAACAAACUUCAAUAAUCGUGAUGGAUGGUAUUCCAAUAUUGAAUGCUGAAAUAUCACCAGAUAAGAAACAUAUAGUGGUUGGUACCACAGAGGGAAUUGUCUCUAUUUUCAAUAUUGAUUUAUUAUUAGAUGAUCAAUUGAAAGUUGUUGCUGAAUAUCAACCUGAAGUUCCAGAUGCUGAUUUGGAAAAUAACUACAUCACUAGUUUGAAAUGGAAUUCUGAUUCUCAAAGCAUAGUGGUGACCUAUUCACACAGCGAGAGUGUGGUGGUGACAUGGGAUUAA